CUCACCCUGUCUCUCCCGUGUAGAAAGAUAUAGAGGAGAGAGCAAUGGCUAAUGGUUACUACUACCAAAGCGGUCCUUACUACUACAAUCCUUCUUACGCCCAAUCUCCUCCCCUGCCACUCCACCUCUGCUUCUUCCUCCUCACGCUCUUCAUGUUUAUAGGCCUCUCAUGGUACAUGACCUACGAGUCGGUGUUCGAGAGCUUGUUCAACCAGAUCAAGCUGCUGCUCAUGGUGUCGCCGCUGCUGCUGCUUCUGGUCGUCCAUUGGCUGUCGAACGACCCUCGGCGAAGGGUGUCCUUCUUUGCCCCCUUGGCGGAGAGGGACACCUUCCACCGGGACGGCGGAUCCCCGUGGGGCGUCGCGCUUGCUUUGGUGCUCCUCAUGUUCAUGAUCUCCUACCAGUCCUACUUCCACGACCGGUGGUUCCCCCUGCUAAGUCGAUAAUGUCGUCGUAUCAUCCAUGGCGUGGUUGCAAGAAGAAGACGAAGAAGAAGCGGCUAGUUUUUGGAAUGGUCUUUAGAUACUUACUUAUGUAUGUCGUUCGACUAGUAAGAUGAUGCUGUCUAUUCUGCAUAUGAAUUAAGGCAUAGUUCUUUGCCAUCUUUACGACUUGUAUCUACAUGAAUGCUGGAAUUUGAGGAAGAGUGCAUCUACUCGAAUCAUCGAAA